ACUAACGCGAUGCUUCAUUUUCCACAAGUUGUUCACAGUUGAUGAGACUUCAAACUCCUGUGACAACAACAUGGCAGCCAGGUCAAAACGGAUCAAUAGGUACAGUACAUUUUCUGCAUAUGGUUAUUUUAAGAAAGUUUGGUUGUUCUACUAUAUUUCUUUCAGAAAAACGACUAGUGGUGGAGAUACUGCAGAUGUAAAAUGUGUGCAAGAAAGUAUUUCUACCACUAGCUGUGUCUCUGAAAAGCCAUUUUAGCUAAAGACUGAGUUAAUAACUGACAUACUAUGGCCACAGGGAGAAAAUGGUAAUAACUAUUGGUUGUUUUUAUGUGACCCUUUAAACAACAAUAUUUUGACUAAGCAUAAAAAGUGACCAGAUGCUGAGUGCAUAGUUUAGGAUGUUCAUGUGGUCAAAUGGUGCGGUUAGUUCAUAUUGGAAAUAGGACAUGAUAGCUAACUAGAAACUGUCAAAUCAUAUCAGGAAAUGUAGUUGGAAUAAUUAAUGUUAAUUGUUGAGAACAAUUUCUUUACUGAUGACACACUGUCCUAAACGAAGCAUAUUCCAUUUGACGAUAAAGUCCAAGAGUCAUAGUAGAAAGCUCUGGCAAUAGCUCAUUAAAUGGACCUUCAGUUUAGAAUGUUUACCACAGUUCAUGUCACAGAGAUUUUUGACAGUUGUUUCUAAGAAAAACUAAAAAAUAUAGUAGCAUUAAGAAAUUACAGCAAUACUUUCAAAGAAAAACUCCAAUAGCCCGAUGUAAUAGUCACCAUGUUUUAAUGUGUUCACAGAGUAGUGCUUGUUGUCAACAUUUAGCUCUAAAAGAUCCCUCAUGUUUGAAAUUAUUACAUUGAACACUCUGGUUUGAAUGUCAUUAAAAUGAGAGCGGGUUGAGAGGAGGUAUCACAGCACGUGUCUUAACCAUUAUAAUUCGAGCAGGAAGUGUAUUUAGGGUUCAUUAAGAUAAACAUAUGUCAGAAAAUGAAAAGAAACGUUAAUUUUACUUCAAUUAUUAUGUGCUUGUCUGCAUGUGCCUCGGCCUCUGAGCAGUCCACUUUCAUCAUCCUUUUCCACUAAGUUCAAAGUGCUGAAAGCAAAGAGUGACAAAAGGAGCUCUUGCAAAACCGGUCUUCUGUUGACAGAAAGAUAAGCGCUUGAGUGCUGAAUGUCAUGUGGAAUAGCACACAUGAGCGCGUACAGGCUGCAGCAACUCAACGGUCAUAUUUUGCCUGGAAAUAAGAUCACAGCAAUGGCAGGCCCUAGUCCCCUGACCACCCAUGUGCUGAACACGGCAAUGGGUGUCCCUGGUGCGAACAUGGGCCUCAGUCUCUAUCGACAAGACCCCUCUACUGGUACCUGGAGUUUGAUAACCACUGGGAUCACUAAUGCUGAUGGACGCUGCCCAGGACUCAUCACAACCCAAAUGUUUACUUCUGGGGUUUAUAGAUUGCACUUUGAGACUGCUCAGUACUGGGAGAGUAUGGGAGAGACCUGCUUCUACCCGUAUGUUGAGAUUGUCUUCACUAUAAAUGACCCGGGCAAAAAGUACCAUGUCCCACUACUCCUGAGUCGGUUUUCUUAUAGUACGUACAGAGGGAGCUAGAAAUCAACAGUG